GCGCAUCGCAUCUGCCUGACCGACUAUGGCGGACAGGCAAUAAAGGAUGUUUGUAGUCUUUUGUAAAUCGGAAAGUAUCGACAGUUGCCAAUGGCAUAAACCGAGUUAUUUGUAAAAAUUGUACAUUGUAAAUAGUCCUGUGUACAUAUAGUAAUUAUAUUUGUGGUCGUUUUGUUUAGAAAUUGUGUGAAUAGUGUAUUAUUUUGAGUGUUUAUUCGGUUCUGUUCUCGACGCCGACUUAUUGCUAAAUCUAUCAUGCCGAAGUUUACGCUGUAAUUGAUAGUUAGAUAUAAGAUCGUAAGAAAUAUUGUCUUAACGGUAGCAAAGAAUUGAAGCACACAGAAACUGAAUGCUCGAACCUAACGAUAGCCCAAUGAAGUGGCCGGGUUCAGGGACAGAAGAAGAGGCGGGCGAAGCUGGGCUGCAGACUGCCCGCGCUCAACAGAAUCGUACCCAGGAUGAUACUGGCGUUCAUUACGUAUUCCAACGAGAUCCACAAGAAGGAGAAUUGCAAGCUUGCUCUCUAGCUCCAAAACAACGCUGGGCUGUCGGCGACGAAACAAUGGCGGAGAAUCAAGACAAAUGGAAAAAUACACCCAUUUCAAUGAACAAUAUGCAUCAACAAAGCCCUGUCCAACUUAAAAGCUCUCAGACAAAUCAACAAUAUAUAAACCAUUCUAUAGCUUCAUCUGUUGGCACACUUGCUAUAAACCAAUCUGUUAUUGGAACUCACCCAGCACACUUGACUACAAACAUGGUACAUACACAAUUAGCACCAAUGCAAAAUCAUGCAAUUGGCAAUAAUUUGACAAUUCAGAAUAGUGCAAUGAUGCUGCCGCCUUUGCAAGGCAUUCAAAACGCACAGCUGGGACAGCAAGGCCUGUAUGACUUACACCAGCAUCAUGCCGCCCCUAUGCAAGCUAUCAAUGGCAUAGGCAAGAAUGCGGAACAUCUCAUGUAUUUGAGCCAAGCGGGAAUGCUUGCUCCCGCUACUAAUCAAUAUCAAGUGCAAGGACAGAAUCAGCUUAAUUUGACACCGGUUGCUGCCAUCAGAAAUCAGAUUGCACCCGCUGCAAAGAAACUAUGGGACAAGGGUCCUGGCGCUGGCGGCGACAGCAAGGGCCCGCCGCAUCUGCCACCACUGCAGCUGAACCCCGAGCAAAUGUGGCGAGAUCCCACUUGGUCAGCUCAAGCUGUUGAACAUAAUGUCGGUGUCCCCAUGAUGGGCACGCGUCGCGGUGUCGCUUUUCCCGGCGGCGACGCCGGCAGCAUCCUUUCACCUCGGGAUACCGCGGGGCUAGGGGUCAAAAUGGUUGAAUAUGUACUGGGAGGAUCACCGACUGAAGCAGGCGGAGUGGCAACCGGCGGGGCUGGUGAGAAGGUAACCGGCGUCGUGGCCGGACUUCGCGGUAUGGUGCUGGAAGAACGCCCCGAAGAUAAGUCGUCGUCGCCAUUUGAGAAAGAUCUACACGAACUGCAUGACCAUGGAGGUCUACCCAACGGCUUGCACAAUGGACAAGAAGAUGAUAAAGCAUUUAAUCGCACACCGGGCUCGCGCCAGCCAUCGCCGGCAGAGGAGGAGGCGGGCGGCGGUGGUGGCGGCGGCGGGGUGGUGCGCAAUGGCGAGGCAGCCGCCUUCCCGUUGCUGCCCGCGCACGCGCUGCCCGCUGCGCCCGCGCCGCUGCACCACCUGCCCCAUAUGCCGCACCACCAGCACCACCAGCACCCGCAGCAUCCGCAGCAUGCGCCGCACGCGCAGCACCCACAACACCCGCAGCAUCCACAGCACCACCCGGGUAUGUUGGGCGUGCCGCCGCUGCAAGGAUUGCCGCAUCCACAGCAUCCGCAACUUCACCCUGGUAUGACUUUGAACGACUCCAUGAAUCAGCACAUUGAACUCGUUUUGCAAAUGGAGCAGCAUCCACAAUUUGAUAACAACAGCUUUGCAACUACACAGCAGUACGCGGGCGGAGUGGGCGCAGUGGGCGGCGUGGGCGUGGGCGCGGCCAACUCGGGCGUGGGCGGCGUGGCGGCCGCGGCCAGCCUCGUCAAUGGCGCCUCCGUCGUGCAGCCCGCGCCCGACUCCACCCAGCACCACCAGCCCUUCGAGCUGCAGCAACUGUUCCGGUCGCAACAGGCGGCGGCGGCUGGCGGGCAGGCGGCAGCCGCACAGUUGCAGCUAUUGCAGCAGCAACAGCAGCAACAGCAGUUCCAAUUGCAGCAGCAGCUAGCCGCUCAGCAAGCCUUUACACAAGCACCUUACGUAAUAAACACCGGCCAAGAAGGUACACCAUACGUGAGCGCCGUUAUCGCCGGCGUCCCGCCAUACUAUGGCAUGGCUGCGCCGUGGGGAAUGUACCCGGGCUUGGUGGCCCCGCCCGCGCAGCAGCAGGCACAGCAGCCGCGCCGGCCGCUUACGCCGCAGCAAGGCGAGCAGCAGGUGAACGGCCAGGGCCAGUACGUCAUCCCGUACUACGACCCCGGGUCCAUAGUGCUGGGCGGCCGCAACGGCACGCCGCUACGCCUGGUGUCGCCAGGCGGCGUGCUGGCGCCGCGCCAGUACCCGGCAGCUCACGCCGCCGCUACGCCCGCACCGCCCGCGCCGCCCACCGCGCACCAGCCGCCGCAGCCGCAGCCGCAGCAGACCGGAGGUGCAGCGACGCGGCGCGACUCGCUGGAGUUCGGUGGCGGCGGGCCGGCGGCCGCGCUGCAGGAGUACGCGCGCAAGUGGGGGCCCUCGCCCCUGUCGCCGCCGCUCGCGCUCGGCCCUGUCGGCCUGCGCCCCGUGUCGGCGGCGCCCGGAGCCGAGACCGCUAAGUACAGAGCCGUCAGCAGCCUGGCACAGGGGCUGACGUCCAACGGAAUGUUCGGCUCCUCCUCUUCGCUACUGAGCAAGCUCAGUGGGGUCGGCACCAUCUCAGAACUUGUAGGUGGCGGAGUGGGGGGCGUGGGCAACGUGGGCGUAGGCGGGGUGGGCGGCGUGGGUGUGGGCGCGCUGGUGGGUGAGAAGCCGCCCGCCGGCCGUUCUCGCCUGCUCGAGGACUUCCGCAACAACCGCUUCCCCAACCUGCAGCUGCGCGACCUCGCCAACCACAUCGUAGAGUUCUCGCAGGAUCAGCACGGCUCCAGGUUUAUUCAGCAGAAGUUAGAAAGGGCCACUGUUCCGGAGAAGCAAAUGGUGUUUAAUGAAAUUAUAGGCGCAGCGUACAGCCUCAUGACCGAUGUCUUUGGAAAUUAUGUCAUACAGAAGUUCUUUGAGUUUGGUACAACCGAACAGAAGACAACACUAGCGCAAAAGGUCCGAGGACACGUGUUGGCGCUCGCGCUGCAGAUGUACGGCUGCCGCGUGAUUCAGAAGGCGCUCGAGUCCAUCCCCGCAGAGCAGCAGCAGGAGGUGGUGCGCGAGCUCGACGGACACGUGCUCAAGUGUGUUAAAGAUCAAAACGGAAAUCAUGUUGUACAGAAGUGCAUCGAGUGCGUGGAGCCGACGGCGCUGCAGUUCAUCAUCAACGCGUUCGCGGGUCAGGUGUACGCGUUGUCGACACAUCCGUACGGCUGCCGCGUCAUCCAGCGCAUCCUCGAGCACUGCACGCCCGACCAGACGGCGCCAGUGCUCGCCGAGCUGCACGCACACACCGACCAGCUCAUACAGGACCAGUACGGCAACUACGUGGUGCAGCAUGUGCUGGAGCACGGCGCGGCGGAGGACCGCGCGCGUCUGGUGGCGGCGGUGCGCGGCAAAGUGCUGCAGCUCUCGCAGCACAAGUUCGCCUCCAACGUGGUCGAGAAGUGCGUCUCGCACGCCACGCGCAACGAGCGGGGCCUGCUCAUAGACGAGCUUUGCGGCUUCAAUGACAACGCUCUCCACGUAAUGAUGAAGGACCAGUACGCUAACUACGUGGUGCAGAAGAUGAUCGACGUGGCGGAGCCGACGCAGCGCAAGGUGCUGAUGCACAAGAUCCGGCCGCACAUCGGCUCGCUGCGCAAGUACACGUACGGCAAGCAUAUUAUCGCCAAGCUGGAGAAGUUCUUCAUGAAGGCGUCGGAGCUGGGCCCCAUCGGCCCGCCGCCCGGCGCCGUGCUGUAGUCCGUGUAAAGUAUUAGCGCGCGCGGACCUAGGCCGUCGCCCCCCGCGGCUCACACACACCCCGCCUAUUAUAAAUUUUGUGAAUAUAACGAUUGUACAUUUGUAACUAUAGAAGCUGGCCCGCCGCAGCCGCCUUCACAAUCUGAUUAGGUAUUAGUUCGGUGCGGGUCGAGCGCAGCCGCACCGCCGUAAGCUUGAGUUGUUUAGUUAGCGUAGUGUAGCGGGGCGGGCGUCGGGGCUGCGGCCGGGCUGCGCGGCGCGCCCGGCGUCCUGUACAUAUGGCGGCAGACUGAUGUACAGAACACGCGACUCGCCAUCGCCGUCGCCACGCUACACGCGACUGCUCCCGGCGCAGUCGCCGCAGUCGCCGCGGCCUAGCGUCCGUCGCGUUCCUAGCUCGUAAGUGUUCUAGUAUUAUUCCUUGUUCGUAUGAAUCUAUGUAUAAAUAUUUGAACGUCUCUCAUUCUCGUGUAAUUUAUGAAUCGAAGGAAGGCUGCGGUCCGUCGAGCCCGCGCGUUCCGUAAUUUAGCUCGUUGUAGAUGUACUGUACUGUUAGCUGGGCUAGGGGACCUUGAAUCUUCCGAAGCGACGAAGGAAUGCCGCAGGCAGUUCUGGACAAUCGGCACUAUAGUCGUGAUUAUUAUUAUUGCUAUUAUUUUAAUGUUCAAGUCGAGCUCUCGUUUAAGUUUAAAAACCGGCUAUAAAAUCGUACAUAGUUUUUAUCGAAUAUCGUGUAGCGCCGGGUUGUAUAGUUUGUCGUUUAUUAUUUGUGAAAAUGAUAUUUUUGUAUAUUUUAUGUAACCGAUUAAGUUAUUUAGUUGACGCCCCGAGGAGAUCGGUCGCGUCCCGCGCCGUUAUAGUGAUGAUUGUAGAGUGCUGCUUGUCGGCGACAGUCCGCGCCCGCCCGCCGGCGCCAGUCGCCGCCAGUCGCACGUCUGUCGCACGUCUGUCGCACGUCAGUCGCACGUCAGUCGCACGUCACAAGCGUAGCUGCUCCUCAUUCCCCUCUGUAAUUAUUUUUAUAGGAAGCGUAGUUUCCUA